CACAUGCCCAAGCCCUGCACCCCACCGCCACGCUGCUGGGACGAGGGAGGCAAAGAUUGUCCACUCCACAUGCUCGAACUUGCGUCAAGACGUGCUCCGAUGAUGAUAUCCGGUCUCGCCUGGCGACAUCACGAGCAGCCCUACUACGCGCGCCUCUCGCGUGACGGAUACCUCGCGAGCACACAUCAGCCCUAGUCGAGACCCUGAGGCGCCCAUACAGAAUACAAUUGGCAUUGAUGAGCUGGCGAGGUGAAUCGGCACCGAGCGAAAGCCACGCUGGCAUUCUCAUCGAAGGUUUGCACGCCGUGCUGUGCUAUGCUCAUCGAUGGUGGCAUGCGUGGGACCGGCAAGCGGUCAGUGACGCGGCUGGGAAAGCCAGCUUCUUCGUGUGGCUCUUUGCGCAAAGUCCCCAGAUCUACGAGAACUACGCCAGGUCUUCGGUAGACGGGCUCAGCCCUACUUUCUUGCUGCAAUGGAUGGGAGGCGAUAUCACGAAUCUAAUCGGGUGUCUACUCACCAACCAACUCGCUUUUCAGGUCGCCAUCGCAGUGUAUUUCUGCGUUGUGGAUGCGAUCAUAGGCAUCCAAUUCGUAUACUACUCGAGACGGAAUGAGAAAGCUAUGCCUGCCGCGCCGAGUCGAGCACGCUAUGCCAGUACUGCGUCGACCUUCACAGCGCGAGAUCUACGUUCCCUGCCUGGCUCCCCCCUCGUCAGGCGCGCUGGCAUUCCGCGAUGGAGUAGUAGAGACAUGUCGGCGAGCGUCCCCACGCUGACUGACUCGUCUUCUGGCCGGCUGCCUAAAAGGCGAAGCGAUAGCUCGAGUCCCGGUUUCAUGGCGCGAUCAGGCAGCUGGCGACUGCCGCGGUCCUCGAGCAUACAGUCGGUCGAGACGGAUGCUGGUCAAGUCAGCGCAGCUGGACACACCGUCGAGGAGUAUGCAAAUCUUCGCUUGGCUCACGCACAGCAAUACGUGGCUGCAGCACGUAGAGCUGCCCAGCUCAGCUCGCAACAAGCGGAGGGAAGGGCUAGCUCUGGCUCCAGGCAGCAACCUUCAACGCUAGGUCGCCAAAGAGCGGGCUCUACAAGGUGGGCUCCUCACCUCCUUAGUCCUACGCGAGAGCAAAGCGUUGGGCCAGAAACACAGGCAGAGCUUCACGACUAUGGCGCUAUGGCAGACAGCUUACAGAGCGAAGCAUCUACUGCCAGCGGUGGCAGUCUUCAGCGCAUAUGGGGCUCAAGCGAUGCAGCACACAAGACUCGACCUGCAGCUUCCUUUGCGCGGUUCAGGGAGCAAGCGCGAGCACGGUCCAUCCCAACAAGUGCGAAGCUGCUUUCGCGCAUAUCGACAGUUGAUGAAAGCGUCACUGCGAUGGAAGAUGGGGAACCGACUGCGGUUUCCGACUCUGAAAGUCCAGAUGCCGAGCCUCGACGUGGAAGAGGAAUGAUCCGGACGGCCGAGCGUAUCAGCACACCCAAACAAGAUGCGGCGCUACUUGGCAAGUCUCCCGGAGGCAACAGCGCCAUUCUGGUCAGAGGCGGUGCGAUUGGCGAUCUUGGAGCAGCAGGCUCGGCAGUCGAACAGGAGAGCUCUUCUUACUUCGAAUCGAGGCAUCCUUCUGUCGCUCCAUCGCUCGAGGAUGGCCACAGAGAGGCUAGUCGCUCCUCUUCUAUCUCGCCGUCGCGUCGGAGACGAGCGAGUCGCGGGCUGGGCGCUGCUCUGCUAGGCCUUGGGGCUCUUUGGGGCGUGGGCCCAUCAACAGGCGGCACGGCCCUCUUUAGCUUGCGGGAGGCUGCUGCAGGAGAUCUCAGCACUAUGCGACAAGCACGCACGAUGGAGACAAGGCCGUCAGCAGCACUCGGUCCUUUCGCUCCGAACACCGUGGGGUCCGCCUAUGCCCUCAAAUUUGUGAAUCGGGGGGAAUUCCCCGUGUAUCCAAGCCAGCAUCUGCUGACCAUCGUCCCAAGGCUGACGGAUCCUUUGCUCGCCCCAGCAGAUGUCCAAGCAGAACGUGAAGGCGAUCUCGAAACGCCACCAUCACGUGAAGAAUGGGACCGGAUUGUCGGAAGACUCUUUGCAUGGAUCUGCUGCUUUCUUUACAUGACAUCGCGCAUCCCUCAGAUAUGGACCAACUUUGUCCGCCAGAGUGUGGAGGGGCUAUCGAUGCUGCUGUUCGUAGCUGCAGCGCUGGGCAACACGCUCUACUCUAUCAGUAUCUUGGUCUCGCCGCUAGCAACUGGACGAGGUGCAAAAGCCUACUUGAUUGAAUCGCUCCCGUUUUUGCUCGGCUCGGGCGGCACUUUGAUCUUUGACGCCAUCAUUGUUGCUCAAUCCAUCGCAUGGAGACACUUGCCUCCUGAAGCUGAGUUGCUAAGACUGGACGAAGAGCAGGACGAUCCCAUCGCGCCAGAGCCCGGCAGCUACGUCGCAAGACCAGGUCUUUCCAGACGCUCCUCUAUACGAAGCGCCUACGACGACGUGGAGAGGACGAGGAGCAUGAGUCGUCCAAGAGAUGCGCGCGAAUCGCUGCGAAGAUCUACCUCCAGCAGGCGCUCUGUCCGCCACUGGAUGGCGCAUCCAACUGCUGCUCCAACCACACCGCGCCGUCCUGUGCGCUCGUCGUCAAGCACCAACACUUCUCGUGGCAACAGCAGAGCGCCAACCGAAAGGACAUCUCUGAUCUGAAAAUUGCAUCCGAUUAAAUGU